CCUUUCUCAUUUACAACAUUCUCUAAACUUCUUCUGCUCACUGAUCAGUGAAAAGAAAACAUCAAAUCUUUCUGCUCUUAUUAAGAAAUGGGUUUACUGUCUAGAAAAGCUGCAUGCAAUACUCAUGGACAAGAUUCAUCAUAUUUCUUAGGAUGGGAAGAAUAUGAGAAGAAUCCAUAUGAUGAGAAAAAGAAUCCAAAUGGCAUUAUUCAGAUGGGACUGGCUGAGAAUCAGCUUUCAUUUGAUCUUAUGGAAUCAUGGCUUGCCAAGAAUCCUGAACCUGCAGCGUUCAAGCGUGAUGGAGAAUCAGUAUUCAGAGAACUUGCACUUUUCCAAGAUUAUCAUGGUUUGCCGGAAUUCAAGAAGGCAAUGGUGGAUUUCAUGUCUGAAAUCAGAGGAAACAGAGUCAGUUUUAAUCCAAACAAUUUAGUUCUUACUGCUGGUUCAACUCCUGCAAAUGAGACUCUCAUGUUUUGUCUUGCCAACCCUGGUGAAGCUUUUCUACUCCCGGCUCCUUACUAUCCAGGGUUUGAUAGAGAUCUUAAAUGGCGAACCGGAGUUGAGAUUGUUCCGAUACAAUGUUCAAGCUCUAAUAACUUUCAAAUAACUGAAUCAGCACUAGAAGAAGCUUACAAACAAGCACAUAAACAGAAUUUGAAAGUUAAAGGUGUUCUCAUCACAAACCCUUCAAACCCAUUGGGAACCACCACCACCCGAGAGGAACUCAAUCUUCUUAUCAACUUUGUUGAUGAUAAAAACAUCCAUAUAAUCAGCGACGAAAUCUAUUCAGGGACUGUUUUCGAUUCACCUGAAUUCGUAAGCAUCACAGAAAUAUUGCAAGAACGAAAUCUCCAAGACAGUGAUUUAUCUGAGCGUGUUCACAUUGUCUACAGUCUUUCCAAGGACUUGGGUCUUCCUGGCUUCAGAGUUGGAGCUCUUUACUCCAACAAUGAAGACGUCGUGUCCGCUGCCACUAAAAUGUCUAGUUUUGGACUCCCUUCUUCACAAACCCAAUAUCUUCUCUCACAAAUGUUAUCAGACAAGAAGUUUACAAGCAAUUACCUCAAAGAAAACAAGAUUAGACUAAUGAAGAGACAUGAUAUGCUUGUUUCCGGUCUUAAAAAUUCUGCGGGUAUUAAUUGCUUGGAAAGCAAUGCUGGUUUGUUCUGUUGGGUAGAUAUGAGACAUCUGCUAAAGUCUAAAACAUUCGAAGCUGAAAAAGAUCUAUGGAAGAGAAUUCUUUUUGAAGCCAAGUUAAACAUUUCUCCCGGUGCUUCUUGCCAUUGUACUGAACCAGGAUGGUUCCGUAUGUGCUUUGCCAAUAUGUCUGAGGAAACCUUAAACCUCUCCAUUACAAGGAUUAAAGAUUUUGUUGAAUCAUUCAAUACAGUGAGUAACGUUAACAGAAGGCAACAACGUAGGUUGCUCAGAAGUCCGAGGAUGGGUUUAACGAAAUGGGUUAUGCGACUAUCGGCUUCGGUUUCUCAUGAUAGUGAACCAGAACGAUAAUUAUAUUAGUUAAUUAAUUUAAUCUGUGAAAUUUAAUUACAUUUAAGUAUAUUUAGUUGAUUGGUAUUUUAAUGUAAUUAGUGUAGUAGAGAGCACUCGGACCAAUUGGAGUUCGUAGUGGCCCAAACUAUGUAAUUUUGCCUCAGAAAUGUCAAAAACACACUGUUAAUUAA